AUGGCUGACGAUAAGGAUUCCUGGACCUUUGCACAAGCUUUUGAGUUGUUCAGCAAGUCCAAUGAUGCCAGCAUUUUAGAUUCGUUGGACACUUUUUUGAAAACGAAUUCUGAUUUACUGGAGAGCAAAUCUAUCCCCUUUGUCUUUCAUGAGUUCAAGGAUGAUGAGUUACUCCACUUAAAGGAGAAUGUUAUUAGAGGAGUUCAAUACCCAGUCCCCAAUGAAAAAAUUAUAAAAUACUGUAUUACAGUGAGCAGGCUGCUAAACGUUGACGUUCAUGAGGUUUUAAGAAUCUGUAAACAGAACUUUGUCGACUUGGUUAUUGACAGAAAUGAUUCAAUAACAGAGAUAAUCAAGUUGGUUACUCAAGAAAUUGCAUUGAUUAUACAGCUAAGGUGUUUACUACUACAAUCAAAAAGGCUGACGAUAAACAGUGAUGACAUAUUUGAUGGAAUAUUUGACUAUCUCAACGAGUAUUUCAUCAAGAAGGGAUAUUUUGAAGAAGAAUCUCCGUAUGCAUCCUUGAUCGCUAAUGAGAAGGUCAAUGUGACUGUUCAAGUAUUGAACUUCCUGGCGUAUCUAUCUACUGAAUAUUCAGCCACAAAAGAACAGGUUGUAACAUGGUUCAAGAUUAUGGAGCUGUCUCGAUUUGCAUCCAUCUUGAAACGUUCCAUAAGCAACAGUCGUUUAGAGUCCAUUCAAUCAUUAUUAUCAGUUAUUACAAACUUAAUCCUAGACCUGAAUAACAAUUAUGGUGGCCUAGAUCAUUACAAGUCCUACCUCAACGAUGCCGUGUCCAUUCAGCAGAUCAGUGAAUCACUGAACAACACUUCUCCAAGUUGUCCUAUUGUCUUAUACAGCUGGAGUAUUCUUUUGCACAGGAAGUAUUUGGUACUGGAAUCUUUUCCUGACAACCCCCAUGGCCAGAAGUUGUUAGGUUCAUUGGGGGGAUUGCAUCAGCUGCAACAACAGUAUCUUCAAUUUAGCAAGAUUUCACAAGACCAAAAUGUUAUUGAAAAACUGGUUCGUUGCCACAAGAAUCUUUAUUAUGAUGCUAUUUUCACGACUGCUCUGGGAACUCUGGUCCUUCACUAUUUGCCAUAUUUAUCACUCACUGAUCAAGUUUCUCAGAUGUUAAACACAAUAUUCAAAGAUUGCCUCAGAAACAUUCUAAUCAAGCUUUUCCAAGACGAGUAUUUUGAAAGAUUGCUGACCCUAGCAAGAGCCAAAUUUCCAAGAUCAAUAGUUUCCUACUUAAACUUGGCAUCAUUAAAUACAAAUUUUGCAUUGGAAGAAGUCACUUGCAUGAAAUCUUAUAUGGAGUCCUUUGAUGAAGAUUCGUUGUUGAACAAGUAUGAAAUUGAUGAUCAGAAUCCUGAGUUAGUGAAGAUAACACAAGAUAUUGAUAUUUUUCCACCCUUCGAAUCAUCCAAGGAAUUGUCACUUUUGAUGAGAGACGGAACCAAGGGAAAGUUACUCAGUGGUAAUAUGGUUGUUUUUAUUUACGAUUAUAACGGCUGGACCUUCUUAGGUCGGAUUCUACAAAACAUCUCUCGUAAUUUCAAUUUGCAAGAUGAUAGGGUUGCCUCUAUGAUAUCGAUUCUGCAAGUGUUCACUCGAGUCACAGAGGAGAUUGUUCCAGAAAGUGCUGAAAGUUUUUUUGCACUGGCAAGCACUUUUGUAGACGAUUCCGAUGUCAUUGAAGUAAUUUUCAGGUUGUUCGACCAAUGUUUGCAUGCAAGAUGUCUACAAGGUUUGGAAGCUAUUGCCAAGUUUAUCCAGGCUCUUUGCAGAACCUUGUCCUAUCGUGUAUGGUCAUACCUAUCUCAUUCUCAAUUGUUCAGCGUAUUUGCUUCAACAAUUCUGGGAGCUGUUGAGAUGGUUUCAGGUGACUACUCUUUUACCAUUACUUUAAUCAAAAUGGUGGAUACUUUGGUUGUGGGAUGCUUGAGCUUGGAUACUAGAGUUUCAGCAAGACUAAAGAGUCAAGUUUUGAUCAACAUAACCUCUCAUAUGCUUCACAUCUUUGAGAUCUUCUACCAUUGUCGCUUUGAGAUUGAAUACCAAAAGUGGGAGAUUGGUACUUUGCUCGUGGAUGUCUUUGGAAAGUUGCUGGUGCCCGUCUAUGGUAUUGACGGUGUCGAUGAGCCAGAAAAUAAGGCCACCGCCGUAUUCGCCAAAUCUGCUCAGAAAAUAGUGGAUUCUUUUUUAGUGCCUGAUUUAAUGGAUGUCAGAAGCAACAAGCCGAUUACCAAGGCUAUUGAUGAUUUACUAACGAAAUCAUCAACUCUCGAUCUUACAGGGGUUUGGUAUUCUAACUGGAAUAGAGCUAUCAUAGGAUUUACUGAACUUUUACUUUCAAUCAGAUCAGUAUGUGGAAUGCCUCCUUCCAUACUAGAAAAGACUAUGUUUGCCAAGUCACCAUCUUUAGUCGAUGUUUACCAUCAUCACACAAGCUUAAGAUUAGAUGUCACAAAGCUUUUAACGAGUUUGGUAAAUGCAAAAUGGCCCAACGAACCUCCUUCAUUGCUAGCAUACUUGGGUAAAGAUCAAUCAUAUCUUUUGUUAAACCUUUUGGCUGCCAAUUUGACAAACUCUCUGGUUGAUUAUGAUAUCAAAGUGAGUAUAUAUGAUCUUUUUUCUGCCGUAAUGGAGGGUGAUCAAGAAGGUCUAUCAAUUAUGUUUAUCACAGGCCAUGGCAGCAAUGAAAAGUUCCAGCAAGCCUCUAUUUCCCUCCUGGAAAUUAUGAAAAAGUGUGUGAUUGAUUUAUCUCAGUACCCAGAUUCGGUAGCUCUUCACUUAGUGGAUGCAAUCGCUUUGGCUUUCAACUCCUGGACAACAGCUAAAGAGUCCAAAGAUGAUGAGCCUUUCAUUGGGCAGCUAAUAACUAGAAUUUCCAAAAGAAACCUCAUUGAUACUCCCCAAACCAACCAAGAGUUUAUCAAUGCUUGCUAUGAGCAUCGCUUAAUCUCAAAGAUUGCCGAAAUACUGUCCUUGUUUUUGUUCGUCUCUAAUAAUGAAAAAUGUAAGAGGAUGAUAGUUCAGCUUAUCGAAAGCGACGAAUUCUUGGAAACUAUUGAAGCAGAUUUUCGCAUUGAAGGCUAUAAGUCAUCGCUGCAUAACGAUUUGCAUGAAAAAUUUCAACAGAAUUGGCCUGGAAUGAAACUCGAUCAGUUUGCACAUUCAUCACUGGUUAAGAGAAAGAGAUAUGGUGAGAACUCUGUAUUUGCUCUUGGCUUGCUAGAUGACUUAUUUGAGAGUGAUGAACGAUGGGCAGAUUUUAGAAACGAGAUCAUUCAGGCCAGUAUCAAUCUGCAAUACAUCUCUGCACAGCUACUUGUUGCUAAAUCACUAUCUGCACUGAUUACUACGUACUUCAAAAAGGCAACGGCAGUGGAUAUCAAAUUCAUUAAACUGGCAACGCAGUUACUGCUUAUUAAUGAUCGUGAUGGAAUUCCAGCACCCAUAUUCAAAGAACCAUAUUACGAACGAAUUGAUUUGGCCUUUUUUAUCGUGUACAAUUUUUCAAAAACUACCAAGCAAGUGGACGACAAAUAUUUAGCCGAUCUCAUCUCUGCGGUUUCGCAACUAAUAAUCUCUCCAACCGAUUUGUACAGACCUCUAUUGCGAAUUUUAUAUGCCUGUUUGAAGUUGAUCAAGAAAGAUACGAAUCUUUUUGCAGAGCAUUUCACAAUAUUUGAGCGAGUAUUUGAUCUAGUCGUCUGUCAGAACACUAGAUAUCUUUUCGCUUCUUUGACAUCUGAUCAAAAUCUUCCUUUGUUUGGAAAACUGGUUGAGAAUAUCCUUUUGAACCUUGCGUUACUGAAAACGUUUUUCAAUAUGAAUUUGCCAAAGAACUUGGCAAACUCCUUUGCAAAACCAUUGGUUAGACAUGGCACACUGCGCUCAAUUUUGAAUCUGUAUUCUUCAUCCCAUUCAUUGAAUGAAAAGGACAAUUUAAUAUUGGCAGAUAUAGCUAUCACUUUCAUCCAUGAGUUGGUGACAGUCAAGGGAGUUACCAAAGAACUAAUUUCAAACCGGUUGUUUUCUAACUUAAUAGAAAGCCCCGUUUCUCUUUAUAUCCAGAACGGACAUAUUACAGCCACAAGUACCCCAAGACUGCAUAAUAUUUGGAGCAAUGGUCUAUUGUCAAUAAUACUAUCCAUUUUGGGAUCGUUCGGGGAAUCUGUACUACCUGAAGUGUGCAGUUUUGUUACGUGUUUCGCAAAACAGAUAGCUACCUGUAUCCACAGUUGGUCAUCAGACUCGCUAUCAGUAUCGUUACCCCUGAUUCAAGAGACAAGUCAACUAAUUAUGUUGUAUAGCCUUCUCAAGGCCUUAAACUUCAAAGAUUAUAUGAUCUCAAACAAUCUUACUUUUGAUUCAGGAGUUAAACAGAUAAUGUCCUCAUCAUCAAGGUCAAGGUACUCAAAUGAUUCUGAACAACUUCAGAACCGGUUCUUUCCAGGUUUAGAUACAUUAGAGCAACGAAAUGCUCUUGGUGCUACUUUAAGUUACCUAUUAUCACAUCCAAAGUAUCUCAUGUCCAGAGCUGUAGAUACAAAUCUCAUAGAAAAUAAAUCUAGUCAGUUUCAGGAAGAGCUGAUUAACGGUUUGAAAGAGUUAAGAAACUCUUUAAAGGAUUAA